AUAUAAUACUGGAUACCUGCCGUACACAACAAUUUCAAUCACACAAUAUCAAGAUGUGGAUGACCAGAAGUAGCUUUAUAUAAGAAGAAUAAAAGUGGCAUUUGAAAAUGGAUGAAGUGCCUUUCUUUAAUGAAGGAAACUGCUCAGGUUCCAUGAACUGCUCUGAAAAUAACUCUUCAUUACUGGUCUUUGGUGAGGUAUGCCAGGCUCAUCCUGUCAUGUUCUUCAUCAUGGCUAUCGCAUAUGGUGUAGUUGCUCUCCUUGCAGUCAUUGGAAACGUUGCCCUAAUUCUCAUUAUUAUGAAGCAGAAAGAGAUGCACAAUGUCACAAACACACUCAUUGCCAACCUCUCGGUCUCUGACUUGCUUAUGUCUGUCAUGUGCCUCCCCUUUACGCUUGUGUAUACCUUCAUGGACCACUGGGUUUUUGGAGAAGUCAUGUGCAAGUUGAACAACAUGGUGCAGUGUGUUUCCGUCUCAGUUUCCAUCCUUUCACUGGUCCUAAUAGCGGUCGAACGGCACCAACUCAUCAUCAACCCUCGAGGCUGGAGACCAAACAAUAUGCAUGCCUAUGUUGGGAUUGCCAUCAUCUGGAUCAUGGCUAUCUGUAUAUCACUGCCUUUAAUGCUUUUCACCAAUGUGACAGAUGACCCUCUGAAGUUGUUACCACACUUUCAGGAACAGUAUAAUGGAAAGGUUGUAUGCAUCAGCAGUUGGCCUUCAGAAACAUUCAAGCUGACCUACACAACCUGUUUGCUAAUGAUACAGUAUAUAGGACCUCUUUGCUUCAUAUUCAUGUGCUACCUAAAGAUUUAUAUUCGCCUUAAAAGAAGAAACGUCAUGAUGGACAAGAUGAGAGAGAAUAAGUGCAGGUCCACUGAGACCAAAAGAAUCAACGUCAUGUUGAUUUCCAUAGUGGUGGCAUUUGCAGUGUGUUGGCUUCCUCUCAACAUCUUUAAUGCUGUGGCAGACUGGAAUCAUGAAAUCAUAAUGAACUGCAGCCAUAACCCAGUCUUUCUGCUUUGUCUUUUGACAGCAAUGAUCUCCACCUGUGUAAAUCCCAUCUUUUAUGGUUUCCUCAAUAGGAACUUUCAGCGGGAUUUGCAUGCAGUUUUCCGCUUCUGCAAGUUCUCCUCUAGAGAAGAGGAUUAUGAGACAAUUGCCAUGUCAACCGUGCACACAGAUGUAUCCAAGACCUCUCUGAGACUGAGCAGUCCAGAAGUGUAAACAAUAGCACAAAGACGAUUUUGUGACAACAAAUACCAACUGUCUCCUACAUGUAAGCAAGGAAUAAAAACUGAGCUGAAAGGGUUUUUUUUUUUUUUUAAAGAGGUGACCUUUACUUGGAUUUGGUCUUCCCUUUGCUCCUUUGAAAAUCAGAGCAAAGCUUAUCUAGAAGCCUACCUAAUCAUUACACAAAAUCUGAGGAACGCAUAGACUAUGGUUUAUACAGAUGUUGAGUUAAAAAUGUAGGAAUCUGUGAACAAAUGUUAUGGUACUGUAGGAAAAAGAAAACAAUAGGAGGAUUAGGUGGACGGUGGCUUAAUGCUUGCCUUUCACCUCUGUAAAGUAGCUUAGUUCACAAGUGACAUUAGUAUAAGGGAGCCUACGGGUGCUAAAUUAUCAAACCCCACCCUAAUCAAACCCCCUCCUCUGCUCUUUAAUUUGUUUUUAGUGUUUUGUGGAUGAGUGUGGGUGGGUCAUGUCAGAAGUCCAGACCUAAUGAGAAACUGUCAUAAUCAAUGGUUGCUAAGGAAUAAAAAUAAAUAAUAAAUAAAUACAUUUAAACAUGUCUACUGGUGCCAGAAUUUAAUGUUGCCAUCGCGCAAAAUUUGCACACGUGAGAAGAAAAGCUUUUGUUGGAUUAUUUUUUCAUGUGUGCACAUUUAACUUUACUAAAUUUGAAUCAGGCACGUACUGUAAAAUAUGCGUUUAAAAAGUGAACGAGGAAUGCGGGUACCCAUUUUGGUAACAAUUACAUUUAUGUAAACAACAGCAGUUUCUUCAAAUGUGUUCCUGAAAGAAUUUAGUUAUCUAAUAAUAGUUACUUUAAGAAAUCUACUUAGGUCAGAUAUGCAAAUAAAAGGCAGAAGUGGUCAACAGACAGCUAUUCAGUUUACAUUGUUGUUCUUAUUACUACAAAAGUUAGCAUCCCAAGCAUAGCUUAAAUGUGAACAGUACUGCAUAUUAUGUUUUAAUAAUCUAUAUGAACUCAGCAGAUGCCCUUAUGCAGGGUGACUUACAAUUGUUAGAAGAUAUCACAUUAUUUUUACAUACAAUUACCCAUUUAUACAAUUGGGUUUUUACUGGAGCAAUCUAGGUAAAGUACCUUGCUCAAGGUUACAGCAGCAAUGUCCCCCACCUGGGAUUGAACCCAUGACCCUCUGGUCAAGUGUCCAGAGCCCUAACCACAACUCCACACUGCUGCCCCUGAUAUAUUGGAACUUUACUGCAGCUUAUAAAAUACGGGCCGCUAUUUACAAAACUAAAACUAUAUCCCCUUUUACUGUAGGUUGUAAAGACAGAAAAAAGCAUUACCUUAUUUUCUUAGAUUAAACAUGUGGAGGGACUAUACCAAACCUGUUAGGCCGAAAUGUAAGACCCUGGUAAAUUUAUAAUAAUAAAUUACAGCUGCACCCUUGGUCCUAUUGGAAAUACAGUUCCAGUUUUGAGGAUUGGUUCUCACAAUUACAAUCGUGUUCCUUAUUGUGUCAGGCCAAAUCAAAUUUAAUGUGCCGCCAUAUCCACUAUAAAAUGUAGCUGUGGACACCAUACACUUUUAUUUUAUUUAGGCCCCAGUUACUUAACCUGUUCAAUGAAAAGGUUGAAAACUGAGACAGGGAUAGAAUAAUCAAACACAGUAAGCAUGUUAUCCUGUUCAUCGCAGAGCAAGCCAAUCAAUAAUUAUUACCACUUUAUGAAUCAAUACCAGGCCGCUAAAAAUUAUAUAAAAAUGAAAUAUUGUAUUAUCUAAACACUAGCCACAGAGUACAUUUUAGUGCUCGUUUAAAAUAAGUAUGAUCUCUUGUAAAUAUUUGUAAUUUUUUAUAUAUUAAAAUAGACACAAUUCAUUGCGUUUCCUUAAGAAUCUGCCCCCUGUUUGACACUGAUUCUUUUGCAGGCACAACAUUGCUGCCAAAUCUCAUUACCUUUAAAUCAAGCUAGAAAAUGUCAAGAGAUUUAUUACAAUACUGCGUUGUAAAAAUACAGUAUUUAUUUUCAUUUUAACCAUUUAUUGUACAUUCUAUUUUAUAUUUAAAAAAUGACUUUAUAAGGCUGUGUCACUAUAUAAUAGAUGUGUGUGUAAAAACUAUAUGAUAUGACCAUUAUGAAGAGUAGGUAAGAUAUAAAUCACUGGUUCUCAAAUUGGGUUAAAUUAGGGCUCCAAACUGGAAUUUUCCCUUCAGAUAAUAUAAAUGCACCCAAUAAAGUUACCCAACUAUAAAUAAUAAACUCAGACAACUGCAUAAUGUAGGGUCUUUUGAGUAGUAUAAAGUUGUUUCUUAUUGAUUUAGAAUUGGUGUUAUGAAAAUUUGUGGAGACUGUAGCCCAUUUUUUUAACAGCCCACAUAUUUAAUGUACGGAAAUGCUCAUUUCCUAUUCUACUGGGAGAAAAGCAUUGAGAUACUUACAUUAAACAUUUACUUUCAUUGCAGUAAAGCUUAUCUUACUUGUUAGCAAUUGGCCCUUUUCCCAGUUUUGAACUUGGGGUCCCUUUUCAAAAUUGUAUUUAAAAAAAGGAGUAAAUGACUUCUCUGCUGUAAAUGACUUCUCAUUUGAUGUAACAGGUGGUUUAUACACUUUUACUGUUACAGUGCUUCAAAGUUAUUUAAUCAGUCCAUUUCCUGCCAGACAUUCCUGGACUGAUUAAAUUAGCCGAUUAUUUUAUUGACACUGAUAAACUCAAUUAUUAAUUAAUGGAGAUGUAACAGAUUGGAUAUGUUACAGUAGGCUUGUAAACCAUCAAAUUGAAUCUAUACUGGGGACUGGUAAGGGUAAAGAGCACAGUCUGAUCUGUAUAGUUCUUAGUAAUAUUUUUUUUUCCAUUAUUGUGCUUAAUGAGAAAUGAGCCAUAUGCCACAGUGACUAUCUCUAUAUGGUCUUAUAUACUGAAAUAAAACAAAUGGGUAUAGACUGACAGUAUUAUGAUACAUUUCUAUUUUGUUUAUUUAAAGAGAUAUAUUACCUCUAGGUAGAGCAACAUAACAUGAACUGUAAGGCAAGUAAUAAUGUAGUUUACUGUAAUUGUGUUGAUUAAACUGUCAUAGCAUGGAAGCAAAAAUAGCAAAUACGAAUUUGUUUCAUUUUUCAGUGCCACAACGUAUGUAGGAGAUAAUGGUAAACGCUGUGAAUAUUACCAUAGCUGUGUACAUUUGUUAGAGGGAAAUACAUGUUUAAAUGAAAAAUAAUAUAACAAAUGUGUGUAUAUUCGUAUUGCUGUAUUCCAGUUUAUUUUAUUUUGUUGUUGUUGUUGUUUUACAAUACACUCACAUACUGUGGUUUGCUUUUGAUAGCCUGCCGCUGUCUGUGUUGACAUCAGCAUUCCCAGGGGUGCCUGACUGCAGGCUGGCUGAGAUAACAGGCAGGCUUUAUGCAUCACACUGUUUAAAGUCACAACAGUUCCUAUCCCGCUCUAGGCUAAACCUUUUAGCUGACACUAAAACAUGUUAGCCAGCUAUAUCUCAGACCAUUUCCACUGUAUUCUUGUUGUAUUUAGUGCUGUUAAUAAGAGUGUCGAUUCAAUAAUUCACACCAGUGAUUAAUACAGAAAUAAAGGACAGUGGUAUAAAGAUUCCUUUAUUGUUUAGAUCAAUAAAAUAGACCUAUUUAUUUUGUUGAAAGCAUAAAUGUCCCAGUCCAA